GUAGGGUCAACAGAGCAUUCAAAAUGUCCAUGCCAACAUGGCGAGCGCUCGAAUCAAAUCCGGAUACCAUAAAUGCGUUCAUGAAGAAAAUCGGUGUACAAGGAGUCGAGUGUGUUGAUGUCUUCUCAUUCGAUCCAGAGAUGCUAGAAUUCAUUCCCAGCCCACAACUGGCACUAAUUUUAUGUUUUCCAGAGCGGGAAGGUAAAGUGCCUCUACAAGCUGUAUAUGAGUCCCUAAAAGCUUCUGGGACUAAACCUCCUGAGAAUGUGUUCUUCAUGAAACAGAAGAUUGGAAAUGCAUGCGGUACCUUCGCGUUGUUCCAUUCCCUGGCCAAUUUGGAAGGAAUCAUAGAUUUAGGUAACGGAUCUUUCUCGAAUUGGCUUCAAGAGGCUAAAGGAUUGUCUACAGAGGAACGGUCUGACUCCCUUCUCAGAAACAAUCAGCUGGCUACAGCUCAUGACGAGACCGCACAAGAAGGUGAAACGGAGGAGCCAGCCAACGUUGACCACCAUUUCAUUUGCUACGUUGCGAAGGAUGGAGAACUAUAUGAAAUUGAUUCGUGCGCGCCAUUCCCGCGUUCGCUGGGUAAAAUCUCUGAAGGUUCACUUUUGAGUGCCGCUGGUCAGCACGUCAAAAAAUUAAUGGAAGAGAUUGGGGAUGUCUCAAUUUCUGCCAUGGCAUUGGUGAAAAGUGCUUGAGUGUUUUCUUUGCCAUGUCGUGUCAUACCUCAGCCACUUUGUGGGAUUUCGUGUAUUGCCUUUCAGACUCUGAUAAAUUUCACUUUUGCCCAUAAAACUAUGAUACCUUUA